UUCCGCAUUGCACGCUCGAGCUGUGACUAAAAAAAAAUUUGAAAAAUCACGUAAGAGGUCGGUAUAAAAGACAUUCUUUAAAUUCUCCCGCUGUGAAGUGCAACUCGUCUAGCUCUCGUUCCAGUUGAACCUCAGACACGGUGCAGUUGACAGUCCAGUUCUCACGCGUGAAGAUGAUCUACAGCACGUGUAUGUUUUUGUGCUACUAUCUCGGCACUUCAGUGCUGUUGCUUGCGUUUACAGUAUUGCGGCUUUUGAAACUCAUUCCUUGUACACAGUGGAUCAUUUCAGAGUUUGUAAACAAGAUUUCGACAAUCCAAAUGCCCAGGGAGGACUAUUGGGAUUCACUAUUCACAUGGCCUAUGUUAAGCUCCAAACGCUCGUCAAUGCUACUCGAACUGCAAAAGACAGCUUCUUGGGGAAAAAUCGCCCCAGACUCCCAGCUUAUUUCGGUAGACGGAAAAUCACGUUAUCGUCUCUUAGAAUUUUGCAGAGGCAACCGUCCUCUCGUCGUCAACUUCGGCAGUUGGACCUGCCCUGUUUUCAGAACAAGGGUGAACGAGUUCCUCUCCAUCGUGCGAGAAUUCAGGGACGUGGCCGAUUUCUUGACGAUAUAUGUAGAGGAAGCCCAUCCAACCAAUGGUUGGAAAUUGGAGGUGAGCGCGUGCCAGAAAGAGUUGUCAGAUAACAAAGAUUAGACGAUUCUGAUGUAACUUAGCGUAACUACCAAGUUCAAAUGAUCAGUUUCAAGGUCAAGCCAUCAAGUACAUGAAUUUAACGAGAAGCCACAUCUGUAUUUCAUAAAAAAGAUUUGCUGAUUCCAGUCACGUUCUAUUGACUGAGUGAUUUAGUCAGUUUUAAGGAGUCGAUGAUCCAUUGUUCCACCAAUUUUCUAUUGCGACAGACCUAGAUAAAGAAAUACUAGUAAUAUAAAUCAAGACUAUUCGUAAUGAUCACCCAGACAGACACCUUUAAUGCAAGAAUCACACAAUUGCCAUUCAGUUGUAGAAUGUUCGGGAAUAAAAAAAGUGAACGCAGUUUAGACAACCAUUCGAUUGAUUACCUUUGGGGCAAAAUUUUCAUCACGUUUUAAGUCGUCACUUAAAUGCAAAUUUUUCCCAAGAAUUUAAGACAGCGACUUAACUCUAAAAUGAAAUAAAACCUCCGGGGCAAACAUCAUUGUCCAUAUAAGAUAUUUUAGAGGCUAACGUUUUUACAAUGACGUGAUUUGUCUUGCAGAAUAACAUCACAAUACCACAACACCAAACUCAGGAAGAGAGAUGUAGCGCUGCAAAGAUGAUGUUAGAUUCAGUUGAAUUCAUCUGUCCAGUUUUGGCAGACACCAUGACGAAUGAAGCGAACAAGGCUUACGCUGGCAUGCCUAUCAGACUCUACAUCAUCAGAAGGAACCAAAUACAAUACGCAGGGGGGAUGGGACCCACAUUUUACAAUCUUAAGGAAGUAAGACAAUGGCUUCAGAACAUCAGAAUUCAUCCGAAAACUGCCAGGCACAGAGCGUAGAUAAAUGCGCGGGAAAAAUAAAUGGACUUUAGUAUCACUUUAGACAACUUCUUGCUCUAGCACGCUAGACGCACGUGGAAUAUUUGAAUCUGUAUGCACGCUUUGACCGCAGACCACUUCAGUCUGAUAAUUAAGUAGUAUUUUGAAGGAUUAUUGUCUGGAGGAAACAAGCCGCCAAGACAAUUUACUGAGGGAAUUUAAAAAAAAAAAAUUGAAGGAAGACAUGGUGUACAUACGCAUCUUCAAGUCUGGUAUAAAUUUAUUGUAAAACAAGAAGAAUUUUGUACAUUAUACAUACAUAUUUUAACUAUUAUUUUGAUACUGCAGUUGUCAGGUCCAUAGAUAUUACUAAGUGACGACCACGCAUAGUGGGUAAUGUUCUGUUUCAAUGUCACGUUCUAAGUCGGAACAUUGUACUAUUCAAAGGGAAGCUGUGAAUAAAUUACUACACAAGCACAAAUUACUCUACAUAAUUUGGCCUCGAGGCGCAUGUGGUACAUACAUUUGUGCGUAACUGUGAAAGCCGCCUAUGAGGCAGAGCUGCUUGUAUCCUUUUACAAACUUUUUUGCAGAAAGAACGCGCGCGCUAUUAAAAUCGCGUAAGUUCUGUAGUGUUUGAGGGUAAUCAAAAGUCAAGAGGCACCAGGUGUAAGUGCACUGUUUGAAUCACCUCCCAUCACUUUGUACGUAAGAAGUAAUUAAAUGACG